GCCACGGCUUCAUUUUCAGCACAGAAAGUGACCCUUAUGUUUUCCAUCAUAAUUGCUCACUCUUUCAUUCUCACAUUUAUUUCUUUCUCAUUCUUCUCUUGACCCUUCUCUCAAAUUACAUGCAAUUGCAACAUAUAGCGAAAAAAACAAGGUAAAAUUUUAUAGGAAGAAGAAAAAUACAGAAAAACCAAACAAAGAGAGGAUUGAUAUGGAGCACUUUGAUCUUGAGGACCCAUUCACAAGCUUGAAAGAAAACCAAUCUGAUACAAUUUCAGCUCUCUUUUCUUCAGAAUCUGAUCACAUGCCUUCCCAGAACUGCUUUCAAUGUUUAAAAACCCGUGACUUCUAUGUUUCUUUGCGACAGGAAGCUAUUUCUCUAAUUUUGCAGGCACAGCAUUCUUGUAACCUUGAUCCCUUCACGCCAUACCUGGCUGUUAACUACAUGGAUCGGUUCAUCUCCAGACAAGAAAUCCCACAAGGUAAUCCAUGGGUUCUGAGGCUUCUUGUGAUAGCUUGCAUUUCUUUGGCUGCAAAGAUGAAGGAAAUACAUUUCUCUUCCUCUAAUUUCCAGAGAGAAGAAGGGUUCAUCUUUGAUGCCCCAGCUAUCCAACGAAUGGAGCUUCUGAUUCUUGAUGCCCUGAAUUGGCGAAUGAGAUCAAUAACACCCUUCUCGUUUAUCCGUUUCUUCAUAUCUUUGUUGGAACUAAAAGAUCCACCUUUGACACAAGCACUAAAAGAGAGAGCGACAAAUAUAAUCCUCCAAGCUCGUAAUGAAAUCAAUCUAUUAGAGUUCAAACCAUCAAUAAUUGCAGCAUCAGCUCUUCUUCUGGCAUCUCAUGAGCUAUUCCCAUUGCAGUUUCCAUCUUUCGAAACCUCAAUUUUGUCUUGCGAAUAUGUGAAUAAAGAGAACCUGUUGAAAUGCUUUAACGUAAUGCAAGAGAUGGUGAUUAAUGAAAUCAGCAAAGCAAUUGUUGAUACGGUGUCAAGCUCAAGUACAAGUAGUCUAAUACGUGUUUUGUACUGCCACUGCACCAAAUCCGAAAGUGAGAGUAACACUAUCACCAUGGCUGCCACUGCAAUGCCUGAAAAGAGAGAAAUCAAGCAUCGGAAAUUGAAUCGUUUUUGCAGUGAAAGUGAUAGGGUGAAGAUUUCCCAGAUUCAACCAUGUGAAUAAGAUUCAGCUAGAUUUUUCACUAGUUAAUGUCCUAAACGUAAAAAAAAAAAAGUCAUGAAUGGCUUUCCUUUGACCAAAAAUUGCAAAAGAGAACAAAAGAAAAAAUUUUGGAGAUGAGAGAAGUAAGAUAAUGGCCAAAGGGUAAAAAAUUCAUGAAUUAAAAUUCAAUAAUUAUU